AUGUUUUUCUUGAAGGACUUGUCAUUGAAUUUGACGUUGCACCCCUCAUAUUUCGGGCCGCAGAUGGACCAGUACUUGAGAGACAAGCUCUUGAGUGACGUGGAAGGCACCUGCACUGGUCAGUUUGGUUACAUUGUAUGUGUUUUGGAUUGCAUGAAUAUAGAUGUAGGUAAAGGGAGGAUUAUCCCAGGCUCAGGUAUGGCUGAGUUCGAAGUCAAGUACAGAGCCGUGGUGUGGAAACCGUUCAAAGGUGAAGUCGUAGAUGCUGUAGUCACAACUGUCAACAAGAUGGGGUUCUUUGCCGAUGUCGGUCCCCUUUCUGUGUUUGUCAGUACCCACUUGAUUCCCUCGGAUAUGAAGUUCAAUCCUUCCGCCAACCCUCCAGCAUAUGUCAGUCCUGAUGAAAACAUCGAAAAGGGCUCGAGAGUCAGACUAAAGAUCGUAGGUACCAGAACAGACGUCAACGAAAUCUAUGCCAUCGGUAGCAUCAAGGAAGACUACUUGGGCCCAAGUCCCAUGUGA